GGGGAGGGCACUGGGUAUUCACCACCACCUCUCUCUCUUUUCUGGAAGCACACAACAGAGCCAAAGCAUGCAGGAUGUGUGGGAAAAAAAAGAGGACUUCUUCCCCAGUGAGGCUGGCCUGAGGGAGCUGACGUGAGCUGAAGUGGCACUCAUGCUGAGGUUUUCAGUUGCAGAGAUCGUAGCCCAACUAGAUUCAUUUCUAAUCCAUCAUAUGAGAGUGCAAGCACAACCUGCUGCAGGACAGAGCAGCACGUUCUUUUUUUCCUUUCUUUUUUUGGGUUAUGUUUUCCUAUCAGGAGAUUCAGGCCUGUUAGAACUUCUGACAUCUUUAAGGAUGUGAAAGUGUGAACUUUGGAGACACGGAAAAAAAAUUGGUUUAGGGUGGAAAUUCAUGGACAAAUGCAGAGUUGUAGUGGGCGACCAAAAGCAGUUAGGAGGCACGAUGUCCGCCAACCAGGGCAUGAACCAUCGCAGUGUCUACAAUUACUUCCUCAACAUGGUGGCCUAUCAGAUAUGCUGCUGCUGUGGGCCUGCUUCCUGCUCGCUCUGCUGUGCCUUCUGUCCUCCAGUCAAAUCGUCCACCAGCACUCGGUUCAUGUACACCCUCUUCCACAUCAUGAGCUGUGCUGUCUCCUGCCUCAUGCUGUCGCGCACCGUCUCUGAGCUUGUCAGAGAAAAUGUGCCUUUCUUCAACAUGGUGUGUGAUCAGGCACAUGGUGGAGGGCAUUGUGAGAUGCUUGUAGGCUACUCAGCAGUCUACAGAGUCUGCUUUGGCACUUCUUGUUUCUACCUAAUGAUGGCCAUCUUCCUUGUAGACGUGAAGUCUAGUCAGGACUUCAGAGCACUCAUACACAAUGGUUUCUGGUUCCUGAAACUAAUCACCUUGCUUGGGAUGUGUGCCGCUGCCUUCUUCAUCCCAACAGAAUCCUUCCUCCAUGCUUGGCAUUACGUUGGUGUGGUGGGAGGAUUUGCCUUCAUCCUCAUCCAACUUAUCCUCAUCACAGCUUUUGCACACACUUGGAACAAAAACUGGCUUACUGGAGCAGCAGAAAAUAAACGUUGGUACUUGGCAGUGAUGUGCGCCACCCUUUUCUUUUACACCAUCGUCACGAUGGCCUUCACCUUCAUGUACAAAUACUACACACACCCCAUCGCCUGCCAAUUCAACAAGGCCCUGCUGUGGAUCAACUUGGGACUCUGCUGCCUCAUGUCCUUCAUUGCUGUCACACCAUGCGUGAAGCAGAAGCAACCUCGAUCUGGGCUCCUUCAGGCUUCCAUCAUCAGCUGUUAUGUCAUGUAUCUUACUUUUUCUGCAUUGUCUAGUCGCCCUCCUGAAAAAGUUGUGUAUCAGGGCAUGAACGUGACAGUAUGUUACCCCAGUGUGGGGCAAGAUGGGAUCCAGAAUGAGGGCAAUGCUGUGGCCAUCAUUGGAGCUGCAAUCAUGUAUUGCUGUGUUCUUUUUGCAUGCAAUGAAGCGUCCUACCUUGCAGAGGUAUUCGGUCCAUUUUGGAUGAUCAAAGUUUACCGCUAUGAGUUCCAGAAAGCCACCUGCUGUUUCUGCUGCCCUGAAGAGGAGGAAGUCGAGGAAGAGUUUGUGAUUGAUGAUGACAACAAGGGCUGUCAGAAGGUUAUUCACAAUGAGACGCAAAGAGUGGCAUAUAGCUACUUCUUCUUCCAUUUUGUCUUCUUCUUGGCCUCGCUUUAUGUUAUGAUGACCCUCACCAACUGGUUCAGCUAUGAGUCGGCAGUGCUGGAGACUACUUUCACCCACGGGAGUUGGUCUACUUUCUGGGUGAAGAUGGCAUCGUGCUGGGCCUGUGUGUUCCUCUACCUGUGGCUGCUGCUGGCCCCCUUGUGCAGCUGUCAAAAUGAUUCCAGACCGCGCCGCUCCCGCAUCAAACGACGCUCACCGUCCUCCCGUCACGUCACCGUCAGCGUCUGACAUACAGCACGGAAGCUGGGAGGUCACGUGAUGCCGUGUCUAGGGGUAUCAGGGAUGGAGGUCACAUGGUUCACAGGUCAAAGACUCUUAUUACUGUGAGAUGGUCCAAUCAAUGGGCCAAUACGAGCUAUGGUGAAUCCGAUAAUGCUUGAUGUCAUGAAGUUAAUAGAGACUUGACUGUAUGAAUUGCCAAAGUGAACGGAAGAGGUGAAGUGUCACGCUAUAUGGUGAUGGCAAAUACAGUGAAUAGGUAGACUUUCUAUAUCAUUGCAGAAACAUUCUAGACUUGGCCACUGUGACAUAACCUGUCUUCGUUUGUUUUUUUUAAAGACAAUUUUAUUUCAUUUUUAUUUCGAGCCAGAAGUUAGCCAUUUUAGGUCUAGUCCUGGCUGAUGUUAGGGAUGACAUGCUAUCACGCUUAAAUGACAUAAGGCAUGUACAGCUGUUUACUUUUCUUUGUGUAUUUUAAGACUAUUGAACAUAAUAUUUUAGGUAAAAUAUUUUAUUAAUUUUACAUGUUAACAUGUUUUUUUUUUUUUUUUUUUCAAAUGAUCAAAGCUCUGACACAAUGAAUCCACUCAGUUUAUACGAUGCUACAAUCAAGCAAGACAUAUAUUCCAAUCCUGUUCUUUCAUUUGUAAAACAGAAAUUGUAAUUUUAACUAAAAUACCAAUAAGAAAAAACAAAUACACAAUUAUUAAUCAUGUUUCUGUACUGAGUAUGUGAAAAGGUCUUUUAAUAUUUCUGCUUCUUUAAACUGGUAAUCAAUAUUUUAAAAAAUGAAUCUGUCUUGCUGUUAUGAGGUCACCAAGAGCAGACACACAGCUCAUCUUAACGUCGUAAUGUUACACUGCCUGUGUUCGGAGUAGAACAUCUGCACAUUAGCCCCUCGUGACUCUGUGUCAUCGUAAUUGAAAACCUACUGAUAAUAACAGUCAAAAUAAUCAGUUUUGCUAUGGUGAGUAAACAUCUGUAUGUCCACGAUGUAUCAUAUUUACAUUCCAAAUUAAGUGAUGACAGAGGCUUUAUAAAGAAACAGUUUGCCCUUGUUGUGUAGUAGAAUUUCAUAUGAAUAUUAGCAAACAUUUAUCAACAAAACCUGUUUGCUUUGGCCAGAAGCUUAAGAAGCCUCGUCAAUUAAUAUACAGUAAAUGAUAAACACUAACAGAACUUACUUGUUUUCUGACCCUUUAUAGUACAGUGUAAAUGUUACCAACACACUAAACUGACCGUUUUGUUGUAACAAAACAAAGUACCAAUUUGUUUUAUAAUACAGACUAUCUACAUUAUUAUAAGAGAUGAGUCUAAAACAAUUUUAAGUAUUAUUUGAACUAAUGUCCAAAUUACAUCAGAGCUAAAAACUUUAUUCACUUUUGUCUGGCCAAAAGCCAAAGAAAUAUUCGUUUUGUGUUACAAAUAGGAUUGUAAUCUUCUAUGCAUCAUUUCAAGAAUGACCGAAUGACAAGGCAGCUAAAAAGGAAUGCAUGUAAUAAAAUAUGAAUAAAUAUGCAAUGAAGAAGAAUCAUUUUCUAGUUCAUGUAAAUUCUAAGAUACUGUAUCUGUCAUGUCCUGUGAAUGACCGCUGAUCAGUUCAGGGUGUGUACUUCGCCACGCACCCUUUACGCUCCAGCUUCCCUAUGACUCAGAACUGUUGUAGGAAAUGGAUGGAUGGAUAUUACUCAUAGUUUAAAAUGGUUUUUUUUCGUUUACUUAAUUGUGCAUUUGAUUAUGGCUGAUUAUGCAAAUUAGAAGCCAGCAGGGCUCAAUGAAAGGAUAGCUUUGUGCCUCUUGCCUUCAGAAAUAGUCUGUUCAGAAUUUAGUCAAAUCUGUAAUUAUUAUAAAAACAACAAAACUUUAUUCCAAUAGAAUUUUUGGUGAUUCGUAAUAUGCCCAAUCCCCAUGUGAUCGGGCGAUGCGGUACUGCAGUACUACUACAAUACGAUACACAUAAAUAGUAAAGUUUACCCCCCAAUUGGCAUGUUCUCUCCGUGCCUGCGUGGGUUUUCUCCGGAUAUUACGGUUUCCUCCCACAUCCCAAAAACAUGUAUGUUAGGUUAAUUGAAGACUCUAAAUUGCCCGUAGGUGUGAAUGUGAGUGUGAAUGAUUCUUUGUCAAUAUGUGCCCCGUGAUUGGCUGGCAACCAGUUCGGGGUGUACCCCGCCUCCUGCCCACAGUUAGCUGAGAUAGGCUCAAGCAUACCCACGACCCAAGUGAGGAUAAGCGGUGUAGAAAAUGGAUGAAUGGAUAUAAUAAUACAAAAUAUACAAGACAUAAUUCAUUUUUAUUAAAAGUCAAUAUAUACCGAACCGUACCGAAAACCGCCACCACAAAAGCGAGAUACGAACAUUUUGUGAAUCAUUCCACCCCUCGGCAGUAUGCUUCAUUUUCAAACAUUUUACUGUUUAAAUACUGAGGUAACGUACUGUAUGUCGUGAAUCGAAAUACUUCUUACCCUGAACGAACAUUCCUGUUGAGGUUGAUCAGUGUUAUACAAAUCACACUGCUACUGAAGGGAGCCCCAGCCUGUCUGUGAUGACUUGCUUAGUUGCUAAAGAGCAUUGGUUGAUGAACAGCAGUGGUUCAGUAUCUGUAGUUCAGUAGCAAAUUUCCACCAUUGUAUAGAUUUGUAUACAAUGUUUUUUUUGCAAAUUAUGCAAGUUUUCUGUCUGGUUUGUUAAACUGUGUCUUUAAUGAAUGGCAGUCAACUUUACACCUAUUUUUUCAAUAAAAUUAACAAUCUGAAUUUUGAGACAACUCCAUUAAUGUUUGAAUGGAAGAAAACUAUACAACAUUUUACCACAAUUAGUAUUAUAGUUAACAAAAAGAAAAGAACAAAAUGAUUCAAAAAAAGAUUAUGAAGAACAGAUGUGCAAUACAGUGGAGUCACAGUAACUUUAGCUUACCAUAAAGCUUGCCAUACUUUUAAAAGGCUAGUGGGUUACAAUCAGUCCAUGAUUGGAGAAUGGAUUCUGAAUGCUAUAUCAACUCUUUUUUAUUUCUUUUUCAAUAAAUAAUCAGCCAAAUUAGCUUCACUUCAUUGCCAGUGGUGUCUGACUGGCCAAUAUAGAGUGCUAGGGUGCACACCACCAUUUACCAUAUUAUCUUGAAUGAGAAGAAGUAAUAAACUAGAAAUGUUUCAAAAUGUAUCAGUAUCUAUUUUUAGAUGAGCAGGAUAAAUAUUAUAUAGUUAAUGAUGAGUGAUUUUGUUUUGUUCAUCUGCGUUGUCUGAUUUGUACGGUGGCCUGGA